UGCUGGACUCCCUGCUGUUUCCGAUCUGUCCCCUGCUUCCAAGCGCAGGGCUUGGCUGGCCCCACCACAGCCCGCUCCCUCCAAGGGCACAUGGUGCUACGUUGGUGUUUUGCAGAUGCAUACCGAAGCCACAGGUCUGCCUGACAACUUUGGACAAAUUUGGAUGCAACCAAUACGAGUGUGUGCCACGACAGUUCACCUGUGACCAGGCCCGCGAUCCUGUCUGUGACACCGACCACACGGAGCACAACAAUCUCUGCACUCUGUACCAGCGAGGAAAGAGGCUGUCUUACAAAGGCCUGUGCCGGUCCUUCUGCAGAGCUGCGGAGCCCGUGUGCGGGCACAACGGCGAGACCUACAGCAGUGUGUGUGCUGCCUACUCGGACCGGGUGGCCGUCGAUUACCACGGACCCUGCCAGGCCGUCGGGGUCCUCGCGGAGUACGGUUCUCUUGCCGAGUGUGCUGCUGUGAAGUGUCCUCCGCUCUCAGGGACCGGGUGCAAACCCGUCAUCCCCCCGGGAGCCUGUUGCCCCUUAUGUGCCGGCAUGCUGCGCGUCCUAUUCGACAGGGAGAAGCUGGACGCUAUUGCUAAGGUAACAAGCAAAAAGCCAAUAACGAUUCUGGAAAUACUUCAGAAAAUCCGCAUGCACGUGUCUGUCCCACAGUGCGAUGUGUUUGGGUACUUCAGCAUUGAAUCUGAAAUUGUGAUCCUGAUCAUUCCGGUCGAUCAUUACCCCAAAGCUCUACAGAUUGAGGCGUGCAACAAAGAAGCAGAGAAGAUUGAAUCCCUCAUCAAUUCCGACAGCCCGACCCUGGCGUCCCAUGUGCCUCUGUCUGCCCUCAUCAUCUCCCAGGUGCAGGUCUCCAGCAGCGUGCCAUCGGCCAGCCCCCGCGCCAGACCUCCGCACGGCGCCCGCCUCCUCCUCCUCUGCAGCCUGGCGCUGGCCUUGCCCUCGCUCUGGAGACACAACUGAGUGCCCACGGAGGGUGCAGAAUGCCUCUCACCCAAACUUUUCUGCUGGCGAAGGCCUUCAGGACUGCCGGGGUGUGGCUGAGCCCCGUGGCCAAGGAAGCGCACACGUCACCUCUGAGCACCGCACAGUGUUUCUCCCAGUGUUCAUGGGGUCGGAGUGGAUCGGGGUUCGGCCAAUGUGACAUUGCAUCCUUCCAAGCACCAGCGUCUCCCGUGGACCCAUUGGCUGGGCCCUCUGCCCGGAAAGAAAGUCAGGGCCACCGAGGCACGAGGCCUUUGUUCACCGGCUAGGAAGCUAGCUGACUUCAUGAAGGGGUUCAGGCCACAGAAACCCCAUUUCCGUUUCUGUCAGUAUGAAGGUUCCCCUGGGUGUUUGUGUCUGGUUACAGGAAAUUACCUACUCGAUCCAGAAGCGAGGGGCUGCUGCGAUUGGAGUAGGAAAUGAAGAGCAUCGUUGCAAGUACCAUCGGUCCGACUGUAGUUACAAAUCCGCCAUUCAGGAACCUCCCUCCCCUCUCGCAUCCAUCAGAAAGGAGCAGCGUCAGAAGCGCCCACGUAGUUCUGUGUUCUCGGGGACUCACGAUGUGUGCCACCCGGUGACUUUCAGGACAGGGAGCAGUUUCGCUGCCUCAAAGCAUUGCGCAUUAUGCAAUUUUUUUAUUAGGCAAAUAUAUCUAUUCUUAGGUAUUCAUCCGAGUUGAAGUUAAGAGUUUUUAAGCGUCAGUCUUUAAACCAAUUGCUGCUACUUAUAUACAGAGCCCCCUCCAAAAUAAAAUCAUUGUAGUUCAUGUAAAUAAUACAUGACUUUUCUAUUUUCUUAUGAGGAAGGUGAAUAGCCAUAUUUGUAAAACGACAAUCACGUGUGUUAACACAGUCCUUUCCGUUCAUAAAGACACAUUUGCUUUUUGUGAUAUGCACAAUGUAGAUAAGUGUUCUGUCAGACGUUUUUAUAUAGAAUUAUAAAGAAUUAUGAUUUAUAUAUUUAAAAGUGCCAAUUUAAGUAUUAAAAUGGUUGCAUGUUGUCGAAGAACUUAAAUACUUUGAAUGUUUCACAGUUUGAAAUAAGCUAUUCAAUGUAAUACUUCUUGUUUGUAUGCACCUGAACUUAGAUUUUACAUGAAGUGUUUUUUUCAGUAUUAUAAUAUGUACCUUCUGAAAUACAUGGUGAGAUGCUGAUUAUACCAAAACGUUGUUGCAAAGUGGGCACUUAAAGGUUCCAAAUUAUCUCAAUGCUGAUAUAGCAUGUUUGUUGCAAUUUUUUUUUCUGUAUAAAUGUAUCAAUGCAAUAUACUGGAAAACUUUUCUAUUUUAAUAAAAUAAUUUUAUAUUAUCA